UCUUUCUCUCUCCAGCUGGUAGGAAUAAGUGUCAGAUAGAUGGUGAGACGAAAUACAAGCGCUUUUAAAAUACGGUGCAAAAUGUGCGCGCCUCUGCGCUUCGCGUGACCUUUCGUGAGGACAAAGGGAGUCGAUGAGCCGCUGCUGCCGUUUUCAGGUCAGUAAUACCAGCGCGCGCCCGGUGCGCGGAGAGCGGCGAUGAAGCGCGGAUCGCUGUGAACGGUGAUGGCCGACAGUCAACGGAGGGGAACAGAUAGAGAUAGAGGCAGGAUGACAUCGGGAUACCCGCAACCGUACGCGAGCGGCAAAGCGUCAGACAUACAGGAGCUCGCGUCCAAACGCGUGGACAUCCAGAAAAAGCGCUUCUACCUGGACGUGAAGCAGAGCGCGCGCGGCCGAUUCCUAAAGAUCGCCGAGGUUUGGAUCGGCCGAGGCAGACACGACAACAUACGGAAAAGCAAACUCACUCUGUCCAUGUCGAUGGCGCCGGAUCUGCGCUACUGUCUGGGAGAUUUUAUCGAUUAUUACGCGCACGUCGGACUCCGGGGAUGCGCGGCGGCGCCACCGCGGCCGGAUGAGCAGAGCAACGGACGCAAGAGAACGUCUGGUCACCCGGCGUCACCAAGCGGCUCCGCGGCGUCCGAAGAGCAGACCCACCGGGUCCUGAAGAGCGAGUUUAUCGAGAGAGACAACAGGAAGUACUAUCUGGACCUGAAGGAGAACCAGCGCGGCCGGUUCCUGCGCAUCCGGCAGACCGUCGCUAGAGGACACGGCACUAUGGGAUACUACGGUCAGGGCAUCGAGCAGACCAUCGUGCUGCCCGCGCAAGGGCUCAUCGAGUUCAGAGACGCGCUGUCUCAGCUCAUCGACGACUACGGCGACGACGAGACCGACCGGGCCGCGCGGAACCAUGACGAGUCGCCCGAGUUGCCCGAGGCCGCGUCGUUCCGCGUCGACAACAAACGCUUUUACUUCGACGUGGGUUCGAACCGCUUCGGCGUCUUUCUAAAGAUCAGCGAGGUCCGGCAACCCUACCGGAACACCAUCACCGUGCCCCUGAAGGCCUGGUCUCGGUUCGGCGAGAACUUUAUGAGGUACGAGGAGGAGAUGCGACACAUCUUCAGCUGUCAUAAAGAGAAGAGGACAGACACGGACGAGCAGGAGGAUUGACACGUGACUUCAGUGCUUUAUAGCGCUAUUAACAGUGUACCUCUCUAACCUCUGCUAAUGAGUCUCCAUCUUCAUCACAGUCAUCACUGCAGCUCAUUUCAUUGAAAACACACAGUUCAAUACAAGCCCUUCAUCUCUUUACUGGAUUACAGGUUGAGCACUUUGCAGUCAUGAACCUGCAGUGGGUCUGUGUGUGCGUGCGCGUGUGUCUGUGUGUGUGUGUGCGCGUGUGUCUGUGUGUGUGUGUGUGUGCGUGCGCGCCUGUGUAUAGGAUUUGUUCUCUUUAAAUCGUCUAGUUUGUAAUGUAAUAUUUACUGUUAUUAUGUACACGUAGAAUCAAAUCCAAAUUUAUUCUAAAGAGAAUGAUAAAUCUAUGAUAAGAGUCCUAUCUCUGUCAAUAACAAGAUGGUUAAGACAGCCAGUAGUUGUCAAACAUGUCAGAGUGAAACAUUUUCUAGUAAUAAUUCAAUUCCACGUACAGUGCACGAUAAUGAAUAAUGUUUAGCCUAAUGUGAUUUAUAGUUUUCUGAUACUUGAAGGCCCAAAUACCUUGCAGACGAUUGCAGUUUUUUUGAAGCAGCGUGCAGCUAAAUGAUCAGAGCUUACAGCAUGACAUCUGACUUCACCUCACAUGAUCAAAGUAUGCACAAUAACAUGCUUUCCCCAUCUGAAUUUAGAAACCAAAAAGUGCAUUAAUUCACUCUUUAAUAAAAUGCUGGGUUAUUUUCAACCAAGCGUUGGUUCACAAAGCAACAAACCCAACCAGGGUUGUAAUUUAUCCCAAAAUGGUGGGUUGUUUUAACCCAUUUUAGGGUCAAAUAUAAUUAUUUUUUGGGUUAAUUUCACACAGCGGCUUGGUUUGACCCAAUGUUGGGUUGAAAAAACCUUCCGCAGCAGGUUUUAGAGUGUAUAUCUACAUUAUUGAUAUGCUUUAAUUGGAUAUAAUUGGAGAUGGACACAUGUUGAUGUUUUAAACAUGGCUUUAAAUAAUAAUAGCAUGUUUCUCAUUAUUCAAAUCCUGAAUCAAUCCAGUGAUCGUCAUACAGUAUGUGCAAUAUUUAGCAAUAUUUUCCCAUUAGCUUUUUUCCUCUGAGCCGGUGGCUUUACAUGACAAGUGUGCAAAAGCAACACAAACACAGCCAUUAUUAUAGUACUGUUUGCUUUCAGCGUGAAUGGGCUGUAAAGUUAUGUUCAGCCCAAUGACAGAUUUUCAGAUUUUGGUGUUAAUCUCUAUUUGUGUGAGAUUAAGAAAGCAUAAGAUUUACACAUAACUCCAAACUUAUGCUUGAAAUGCACUUAAUUCCACUCAAAACAAUACCCAUGUUGAAAAUUACAUGGUCAUAGGUAUAUAUUAUUAUACGUAAUAAUUAUUAAAAAUUGUAAAUUAUUAAUUGUCUAUGAAUGACCCACAAACUGCCUCAUUCCCAGAUGUCCCCAGGUUUUUUAAAGCUAUAAUGAAGUUUAGAGAGGGUUAAUACACUAGUAUACAGCAAAUGUUAACUAGUUGCCUUUAGAAAGCCUUUUUAAUCUGGGGUUGUAGCAUAUUAGAGGCAUGUUGUUUCUCAUUGAAGCACAACUAAAAAUAUAUUUAUUUUAAUUUGAAGCCUUUAUCAAAGGGUUUCGUUGGUUCUCUUGUACUGUAGUGCUGUCUAUAGGCAUGUUCACAUGUGCAAUUAUUGUCCAGCUGACAAAAAAAGCAAUCCGGCACUUCAUACUGAUUCCUAUAGAUUUCAGCUACUCAAUACUUUCUCUUAUCUGUUUGAAAGUGUGUUGUGUGUGUGCGUGGGUUACUGUUUAUCUUUAAGCAGAAUCUAACAGAGAAUUAUGGGUAGAUUUUAUGGGUCAGUUUAAGAUGCAGACUCCUCCCACAGGAAAGCACUUUAUUUCAACAGCACUUUCAGCUGCUACACCUGCUUCGAAAAAUUCAUCUCUGACCCAUAUGAUAGUAAUGACAAUCAUGCCUAAAUCAAGUUAACUCCAUACAUCUCUACACGCCAGAAGUCUCUUCAUCUGUUCGCUCAUCGCACAGGUUUAGUUGUUUAGUGCAAUGUGGAGCAGUUUUGUCUGUGUGACAAGACAGCAGAUUUUACAACAAGGGCUGCUACUGUACGAGAGACUGUCUGCGUUCUCUUUGAUCAACUGUACUUUGUUGAAUGGUUUGAGCGAGUUGUUUUAUUUCUCAUUACUUUCGAGCCUCUGUCCUGCAGAGGCCAUCGAAGCAAACAUUUGCCCUACGAACAGUGAACAUUUGCAACGAAUGAACCAUGUGCACUUUAAAAGUCCGAGUACAGGUUUAUUCCCUUAGCAAAGACAAAACGGUGAACAUUUUGCUUGUUAUAGCCUACAUGUAUGUGAAAUGCAUGACCAGAAGAGAGCAGUGUUCAUAUAAUGUUCUUGUUUUUUUGAUAUGGCGGUAUAUACAUUUUAUUUUGUUGUUAAUGUACACAAUUACUCAUCCAGGCUAAAUUAUUUUAAACAAAUUAUUGGGAAUAUCUGUUUCUACUAAAACUACAGGAGAAAUAGUCUAAACAUGCAGCUAUAUCUGAGUUUUAUCCCAUGGGCCUUAAAAUCUUUACAUUUGGACUGUAAUGAUGAUGAGCUUAUGUUUAUCAUUUAAGUUUAUUUGCAUUCAUUCCCAAAACAAUUUAUUUUACAGAUGAUUGAAAAAAAUGAUCACACAACAUGAGCUCACAAAUCAUCGUAUAAAAUAUUCCUAUUCGGGUUGCUGGUAAAAAGUGAGAUGGUAGAUACAUAAAGCUCUUUCUAUAUCUCGAUGUUGAUAGUCGUGUGGGUAAUGUGAUGUGGAAAAGAACAGAUUAUUCUGAACAUUUUUAUCUUUUGUGUUGAAGAGCUGCAGUUGGAGUUAAGAAGUGUCGGUGUUUGUUCAAUGAUUUCAAAAGAUGAAAAGUAAUGUUUUGGUGUAUUUUUCGAUAAUGUAUUUAACAUUAGUGUGUCCUCCUGUAGACCCUUGGAAAAUAAUAAUACGACUCAAAAACAAGAAGAAACGGUUGUGUCUAGUAGCACUUUCUUUAAUGUGAGUACUGUAUUAGUUUCUGUUUAACAUGUAUGGUACAGUAUGAUUAUUCCUUCUUUGCCUUGUAAUGCUUUUUAAAGGUUGAAUCAUGUAGGAUACGUAUCUGAAGAAAUAUGACGUUUUAAAUAUGAAGUUCAUGCAUGCCGACAGUUGGGUCCUAACAAACUUUAUAAUCUAUAUCAAGAAAAUGGUGCUAUAUGAGAAAACUUCAAACGGUGCUGAACAGGACCCCAGCUGCAUGCAUGUUGAAUGAUAAUGGAAACACAAAACAGUGUAGUGAACUCAAGGCUUGACGCUGUUGAUCUCAAGAUGAACGGCGAGAUGUCCUUUGUGAACGCGGGCUGUUUUGCGUAACUGUAAAUCAUGCAUAUAAUGUCAGGCACUGGUUUGUGUUGUCAUAGGCUGAGCUUCAGACACGUUUGGAUGGACCCGCCAACAGGUCUGUGUUUAUAGUAGUAUGGUCUGUUUACUGAUGUCAAGGUGUGGUUUUUGGACAUGUAUGCAGGAGCAGCCAAACAACUCAGACUUUACAGUAAAAUAGUCAGUACUGUACAUCAUAACUGUGAGUGUGAGCUGUAGACAUGUCUGUAUGGUGGAUAUCUUCACCAAAGUUCAUGAUCAAAUGUGCAAUGCUUAUUUACAGUUACCCAAUAUUUGUGUGUAAA